AUGUCCAGGUAUCAAGCAGCCGAUAAUGACUCCGGCCACUUCUCAGAUCGCCGUCGUGACUACUACUCCCCUGGCCCACAGUCUGGAAAAACCAGCAACUCCAGAGUUCCGGGUCAGGAGAAUCAACCCCAAGGUCUAAAUGAGUCCUACUAUCGGGAGAGCGCUGCGGCACUUGGAAUACCCAUGAAUGACGGGUCGCGUUCCCAUUCGGUACCUCCCCCAAACUCUGCAGUCGUUCGACUCCCUCGAUCUCCGUCGCCUUCAUCUUCCAGAUCCUCCUCUCGCUCAGAUAGAGGCAGGUCACAUGCUCGCUCCUAUCGCGGUGCGUCUCGCGACUUUGAGCGUUCCCCCGACCCGGUACAUCGAGCACGCGGUAUAAUCAACAGCAACUUUUCCCAGACGCGUGCAGGAAUCGGUGCUGGCAUUGUUGGAGCCGUCGUUGGGGGACUUAUCGCCAAGCAAGCCUCUGAAGCAGCCUUUCGCCGCAGGCAAAAGCAGAGCGGUCGUCCACGACGUCACAGCACAGAGAAUGUGCCUCGUGUGGCAUCUACUGUUCUUGGUGCGGUGGCCGGCGCCCUCGGUGCAAACGCGAUUACCCAUAGAUUGGAAGAUGCACGAGAAAGAAGCAAAAGUCAGCAAUUAGCCUGGGAGGAACGGUAUGGCCGAGAAGAGGACCUGCCUCACUACGACACGGGGAGACCACAGGAUUUAAAUCAUCGAAAUGGCAAAGGCUAUCUAUAUGACGCUCGCGACUACGAUGAUGCAGGUAAUGGUGGGUACUGGAAACACGAUGAUAGAGGGCCAAGACGCCAAUACAUUGAAGAGACAAGAUAUUACCACGAACGAUACUGA